AGACCCUAAUACGACCGUCCUCCUCCCCUCCAAAAAGGUCGUAUUUGCGGUCUGCCUAUGGGAGACUAGUUCACACCGGUGCCGAUUGCCUGUUGUAUCAAUAGCUCCUCAGGUGCCGAUGCGUUGCUAGCUAUUUCCGCACCUGCAAUCGUGAUACGAUUGGGUCAUCCUCAAAUGCGCCUUGGACAACGUUCGAACCGUUUCAUACCUAUCCAGCCCGGGCAGCGGCGAAGUGGUGCAUCCCGAAAGGGAAGGCGGUUGCUUCCGAUCCUAACAGGCGCAAACAACCGCUGUUGGAUCUGGACGUCAUCGUCGAUUCAGGAUUCGGGCCUUCAAGCUGUUUGCUAACCCUACAGCACCAGAUAUAGUACUGUAAGUGGGGAUAUCAGCAUAGUGAUACAACACAGAUGAACACCUAUUUCCAGCCUUGCAAGAGUGGAGUUUCGCGACUGAAACCUCACCAUGGCUGAGCCCCAGUACGAAAUAUCUGUCGAACGGCUGACGUACAGCCACUCGCCGUCUACACCGCCUUCUCUUGUUGAUAUAUCUAUCGAGCUACCGAAAGGAUCGCGUACGAUUCUAGUAGGAGCUAACGGUGCCGGGAAAUCAACUCUAUUGCAGAUUCUGGCCGGCAAGCGACUCAUCCUCAACGAGGGCACCCACGUUCACAUCAAGGAUAGGGACGUCUUUCGCAACUCUCCACCUGGCGUCACUUUCCUUGGGACCGAAUGGGCGAUGAAUCCUGUUGUUCGUGGAGACAUCGUGGUGUCAGACUUUCUGAAUUCUGUCGGCGGAUAUCGCCACAAGGAGCGCCGUGAUCGAUUGCUCGACAUCCUCGAUGUCGACCUGGACUGGCAUAUGCAUGCCAUUUCGGACGGCGAGCGGCGCAGAGUUCAGUUGGUCAUGGGCCUCAUGUCAGAUUGGGAUGUUCUCCUGUUAGAUGAGGUCACGGUGGAUCUCGAUGUUCUGGUUCGAGAUGACUUGCUCAGCUUCCUCAAGACUGAUAGCUUAAACAGGGGAGCGACGAUCCUUUAUGCCACCCACAUUUUCGAUGGCUUGAACGAAUUCCCCACGCAUGUCGCACAUAUGCACCUAGGGACUUUCUUAUCACAACCUACGCCCUGGCCCAUUGCGCCCGAUAUUGUGUCAAAAGUCGUGUCGGUCGACCUGGGCCCGAAGCCAACGCUGUAUGCACUGGCUCUGCAGUGGCUCAGGGAAGACCGGGAACUCAGGCGCGAGCUUGAGAAGCAGGGGCGCAAGAAGCGGGGGGCCAAAGUGGACGAGGUGCCCACCGAUUCGGAAACAUUCUACAGGAAAUAUGAUUAUAGCCACUGAGUGGCGGACCUUGUGGACCGUAUCGCACGUCCGAGCUCAACCUCACAGCCUCGUCCGACUGCUCGCGCGUAGAUUUUUCGUCACGGAUGCAUAGCCGGAGCCUUCAACGGACCACCCUCAACGGACGCUCCCGUGUAGCGUAGAUGUUCAACCAGCUGUAUAGCACCUGUUGUGUAGUGUAUCUGAAACUGUUUCCGCGUGUGCAUCUGCA